AAGCUGCAUUUGAAUAUCUACGCCGGCGAGACAAAGCCCCCAUAUCAACAGUUAACAACCCCUCACCAAGGCCAACCGAAGAUGUUCAAGUUCCCACUCGAUGCCUAUGUUCUGGCGAUUCCCAUGGCUUAUGCGAGCUGUGCAUUCCUCACCAUGUGCGCUCGAAUCCCCGCGGUUGACCCCGAGACAAGCAAUGUGAGCUACUAUGAUGAUGAGCAAGUCAGUGGCAAGGUUGCACAGAAGUAUGACAACCAAUUUAAGCAAUACUUCACCUCGCUAGGUUGUACGGCGUCCGUUAAAGUGACGCAACAGCUGCAAAUCCAGGUGUUGUUGGUAAGGACGCGGUCGCCACAAGCAGUAUUGGCGCCACCGACAGCCCCUUCGCCGCCACCGCCUGGCGUGGAGCCCAGUUGCACACCGGAUUCGUCCACGCCAAAAUCCGGUUCCGUCGGCAAUGCACAGGCCAGCUACAGCUCCGCCGGUGGCGACGCUACUGGCGGCACCGCCGCCGUCGCCGCCGCUGCCGGCGGUGGUGGCGAUGACUUGUACUCCUUUGAAGCCACAGUGCCCGCGGGCUCAGAGGGCAUCGCGGGGUUUACAGCACACGCGGACGAUAACACGAUACGGCAGCCACGGCGGCGGCGCCUUCCGCCGCUGAUCGCGCUACUUGGGCGCUACAGGGUGGUGGCGACAGCCGCCUCAAUGACCCGCCGCCACGGCUCCCACAACACCCGCCAAGGGGAUUUCGGUUGUUACGGCAGCGGCAGCGGCGGCGGCGGCUUGGCCAGCGGCGGCAGCUUGAGUGAGGGGGCUUUCGCCAGCGGCAUGAUCGUCCUUGGCGGCAGUGGCGACUCGGCGGAGAUGUCCAAGCUGCCGCCAGUGUCGGAAAUCCCUAUGCCGUACUCGAUGUUGGGAACGUACGGCUCCGGCGUUAGCAGUAUGCGAGGCCGGCUGGUAUGCCCUGUCGUGGAGGAAGAUGGAGAGGGAGAGGGAGAGGAGGCAGGCGACGCGCCGCCACCACCGCCGCCGCCGCUGGCGUCUCAGCAGCAGCGGCAUAAGACGACGCCGCAACAGACGCGAUCCGGCAGCAGCGGCGGUGGCGGCAGCGGCGGCAGCGGUGGCAGCGGAGCCGCCGCCAAUGUCACGGUUCCCCAAUUUGGGUCGUCUCUCUCCUGGAGUUCCACGCCAGGUGACCCAGGGGUCAGUGAGCCAGGAAAUGCCGAAGCGGCUGUGGCGGCGGAAGCGUCGGCGGCAGUAGCGCACAUGGCCGUUGAGCUCCGAUCGGGUAUGAAAGGGCUGCGGGGCUCACCAAGCCAUACGGCUUCUACCGCCGCUGCCUAUGAGCCAAGGAUGCCGGCGGCGGAGCAGCGGCAGCAGACGCCGCCGUCGCCGUCGCCGUCGCCGCCGCCGCCGCCGCCACGCUCUGCUUCUCCGUUCCGCGGGUCGCCGUCACGCGACGACUUCAGUCGUCGGGCCGCCGUCCGCACCGGCGCUCCCUUCAGCAUGUGGUCGGGUGCGGCCGUCUCCACCCUCUCCGCCUUCUCACAAACCGGCCCAACACCCGCCCGCCUUGUCGGGCGGCGGCGGCGGCGGGGGGAGCUAUCACCGCCGACAGACGCUGCGGCGGAAGGCGUUACAGCGAGCGGCGAUGUACGGGACGGAUGCGGCGGCAAUCGGGUGCCGCCGCCGCCGCCGCAGCCAUCAGGCCUGGCGCCGGUUGAAGCUCCACCCCGUGGGCUUGUCGAAGGCCUUGCGCACCCAGCAAACGUAAGCGGCGUUGGUGGUGACAGUAUCACAUCGCGACGAACCACAGUCGGUGUCACAGCCCUGGAUGCUGAUGCCGUACCGCAGAUUCCCAGCACAGGCAGCGGGGUCGCCGCCGGCACCGGCAUCGAGGGUGGCGCCGAAACCUUGGAAGUAAACAGCGGCGCUCCCGUCGGCCGUACGGCAGAUAGGCGCAUGGGACGAGCUGCUGCUGCUGCGGCUGCUGGCGCGGAGGCUGCGUUACCCAGACCCGAGUUCACGUUCGGCGAACCUAGGUCCUUGUGUUCCCGGAGGCGCUCGUCCAUGGCCGUUGUGGUUGCUGCCGGGGCUGGGUCAGACACCAGCAACGCAACAGCAACGGCGCCACCAGCCGUACAUUUGCAGUACGAUAACUUCCCCGGCUUUGUGACGGCGGGGCGGUUGAAGACGAGAUGCAUGUUUUUGCGGAAUGCCCGGUGUACAAUAGCACACGGGCAAAGUACGAUCGUGACCUCGCGUUUCAAGCGCAUGAUUAUGACCGAGGCCCCACCCCUGGUGCACUAG